AUGACGACCCUGAAUGGCUCUUGGGAGCCCGUUCAAAAUGGCAACGCCGACUCACCUCUAUGCGAUGCUGUCCGCAACGCCCCUGAAACCGUGACGAACUUACUGGAGCAGGGCGCUGAAGUAGACCGCAUCGAGGCAACGACGGGACAGACGCCACUUUGCAUCGCAUGCAUCAACGGUAACCUCACCAUAGUGCAGACUUUGGUCGACUACGGUGCGGAUGUCAUCAAGCAGGACUCCACUGGAUGGUUGCCCAUUGAGCACGCUGCGUGUCAUGGACAUUUCCGAGUGAUAGCGUUUCUCGAGCAGCACGGAGCAACUCGUCAGACUCAACUGUCGCUACCGAGGCUCGCUCCAUCGCCUCGUGGGCAGCACGAUCAGAAGGCUGGGGAUCAUGUGGCGUGGCUGCAGGAGAAGCCCAUACCUGAAGGAGGAUCUCACCUGUGGAUCAGCCUGGGUAGUAAUGAUGCUACCAGGCCGUAUAGGACGGUGUCUUUCAACAAGGGGCUAGAGGGAUUGAGCAACCACGCCAAUGCAACAAGUGCUAGCUCCUCACUCUCUGUCUCUUUGGCCGGGGAUCCGAACGUGGAGUACAGCGUUGCCCUUCCUGUUCACGGCCGGUCAGUCAACCGUCCGUGGCACUUCGUCUCGAAGAACCUGACUCAGGCGCAGCUCAUUUGGAAGUUUUACGCUCAUGAGGACGGCACCCGAGAUAGUGAGAGCAGGAGACUGAUUGGGCAAGGCAUCACUCUUCUCGGCGAGCUCAACCGAAACAUGCGUCCGCAUAAGGAGAGCCUGAUGCGAGAGACCACGGUCCCGAUUCAGGCAACGUCGGGCUACGGAGCCGGCGAUGGAAUGUUUGAAUGCAUAGCACAAGUCACGUUCUCCUACUUCUCGGUAGCUCACUAUACUCCGCCAGUCCCGCCGCCACCGCCGCACUGCUGGAACUUCGGGAACGGCGUGGGCGGUCACCGAGGCUCUGGCAAGAACAUGAUAAAUUCCAAGAAGUUGCAGGUUGGUGAGAACACCCUGCAGUCAUUCUCUACUGCGAUCAAUCAUGGAGCUUCCUUCCUCGAAUUCGACGUGCAACUCACCUCCGACCUUGUCCCUGUAAUCUACCACGACCUACUUGUUAGCGAGACUGGCACGAACUCGCCAAUGCAUACACUAACGUUCGAGCAAUUCGAACAGCUCAGCAAAACGCAAGGCCCAAGAACACCAAGACUGUCAAGAUCAAACUCGUUCAAUGCAACAGACACUCCACAUCUCGACGAUCUCGCUGAGCGCAUGACACGCACGAAGUUCCACAGCGUCCAAGGCUUCAAAGCCAACACCCGCGGCACCUUCAUCCGCGAGAGCUCGUGCACCCUGGUCGACAUCCUGAAGCAAAUCCCACUAUACGUCAACCUCAACAUCGAGCUCAAAUACCCGAUGCUCUUCGAAGCAGACGAGUGGGACCUUGAACUUCUAGCCAUCAAAACGGACAUCUUCGUCGACACGGUUCUCGACAAAGUCUACGAGCACGCUCGAGACAGGACCAUUGUCUUCUCCUCCUUCAGCCCGGAGAUCUGCAUCGCGCUGUCUACGAAACAGCGAACAUGGCCGGUGUUCUUCCUCAGCAAGACGGCGGCGCCGAGGGGUGAGGUGCGGUCGUCUUGCAUACAACAGGCGGUGGAGUUUGCGAAGAGCUGGGGGCUGCCGGGAAUUGUGGUGGAGUGCACGCCGUUGAUCAAGUGUCCGAGGUUGAUUGAGUAUGUCAAGUCGGCUGGGUUGGCGAUUAUGUCGUUUGGGGUGGGGAAUAGUGAGCCUGAGAACGCUAAGAUCCAAUUCGACGGCGGGAUUAAUGCGGUGAUCAGUGAUAGUGUGAGAGCGAUUGCGCAGCUUAGUGGCUUGCCUGGAUCCAAUGGCUCCGCUGAGCCUGUCAAGGUCUACCCUUGA